UGCUGGCAAUAUACCUGUUGCUGUGGCACCGUAAACACUUUCAGUCUGCACAACGGAGCAGCUAGUUCGAUUUUCUGCCAUUGUGCUCGGGAAAUUUUUCCCCCUUGCUGCCGGAAAAGUCGCGCGGGAAAUUUGUAUAUAGUACCCCCUCGUGCGGUGCACAUUAGUUGGGUGAUGCUGUGAUUCUUUCAUGUGAAUAGUGUUGGAAUAAUGGGGACAAAAUUGUCGUGUAGAAACUAUCUGUGAGGAAGUUCUCUCGGUGAGGUGAUCCAUAUUUGAGCGAAAAUUGAUAAAUUUGUGUGAGGUGCGAAAGGGCUGCAAAUUGGAUCGCCAUCAAGGUUGGGACGGUGAAACGUGAAGAUGAUGAAAGUAUGCGUGCUGGUGGUGUUGCUGAUUGUGAACCUGGGAGCGAGUCAAUUUGCCGAUAAAAGUGAAGGGAGUUCGAGUCAGGCAAAAAUUCGGCGACCCAGAUCGAUACUUGGGUUCUUUCAGUCCAUUUUUACAAUUAAUCAACUCCAUCAGGCACAAAAGACCGACACAACGUACACAUUGGCCCGCAUCUACGACAUCCUGAAGAAUAGUUUCUCAGACACUGCCACUAAGAAGCCGGUUGUACUUGUGGAACAAACUACAAGCGAGCCCAAUGCUACCACAACAACAACAACAGAGAAGACUCGACUGUCUCGUAGAGAAUUUGGGCGCAUCCUAGGACGUAACUUCCGUGGUCUUCAGCGGAUAUACCAACUGGAAUUGUUGGAUGCCCAAGAGCAAUCAAAGAGAACGAUAGCUGAGUACAAAGUGCAGCUUGGUAACUCCCUGGCCCCCUUCGUGUACAAUCUGCAGACAAAUAAUUCGAUAAAUUAGCCAUAUUUAUUAGUUUGCGUUUAGCAUUACAUAAAUUAAUUUAUUGCAUCCUCCACCCUUUCAAUCACACACCUCGUUGUGUUGGCCGAAUUUACAGCGAACAAUUUUGGAUUUUCCAUGUUAAUUGAUAGCCACUGAUCUGCUAAAAUGCCAAUACACAAAUUGCCAAAUGCUCAAUGGGGCAGUGUUGAGGCGUCUCAUGUUGCAAUAAUUUGAAAGGACACCAUAAAUGGUGAAGUUUUUUUUCCAAUGGGGAUUUUCGCUAUAUGUAUAUGCUGUAAAUGUUAGGGUUAAUAAGCGAAAAUGCCACACACACUGUACAUACUAUGCGGUUAUAAUGUCUCUGUGAUAAAAGGCUCAAUGUUAAUUGAAAGCAAACAACAAAUUUGCUGUGAACUGCGCCGGUAGGAUUAAAUUUUUAAAUACUUUUAUACCUCAUGCAAUAAUUCCUACACAACAAUGGAGCUGGGAGAACUUUGUGAAAGACGUAUCGCAAAAGAAAUCCUCCAAGAUGGCCUUUUUUUGUAAAAAUCAGGUGGAAAAUAAAGUUUGAAAAUAGAA